GCCCGGGGCUCCCGCAGACCUUCCCCUUCCCCUUCCCCUUCCCUCCCCCGUGGCCCGGCGGGGGCCGCGGGGAUGGCGCGGGGGGCGGCUCCCAUCCGCCGCUCCGCUGGCGCAGGGCGAGCGGCGGCGGGCAGCGGGGAGAGGCGCUGAGCGCCGCCGCCGCGCCGCCCCCGGGGACGCGCCGGGGUCCGGCCGGAGCCGGAGCCGCCGCCGCCGCCGCCAUGGGGAGCCGCGGAGCCGGAGCGGAGCGAGGAGCCGUGGCUGGCUGUGCCGGACGCUUUGCCAUUUAAACCUCCCCAGCCUUGAAUGCCACAGCAGAGCCAAAUGCCAACGCGGAGCCGGUCCUGCAGAACGGUGCACGGGAGAAUGUUCGUGAGCCCAUAAGACCAUGCACUACACAAUGACAUGUUGGCUCCCAGUCCUGGUCCUUCACCUGAUCCUCCUGAGAACUGCCUCGGUCGCAGCCUGCCCAGCCCGCUGUGAGUGCGCUCCUCAGAUCAAGUCCGUGGUGUGCCAUCGCAAGCGGCUCACCUCCAUCCCCGAGGGCAUCCCCACCGAGACCAAGAUCUUGGAGCUCAACAAGAACCGUAUCCGCUGCCUGAACCCAGGUGACCUCUCCCCAUACCCCUUGCUGGAGGAGCUUGAUUUCAGCGAGAACAUCAUCACCAAUGUGGAGCCGGGCGCCUUCAGCAACCUGUUCAACCUGCAGACCCUGAGGCUGCGAGGGAACCAGCUCAAGCUGAUCCCCCCAGGGGUCUUCACCAAGCUGACCAACCUCACCCUCCUGGACAUUAGCGAGAACAAAAUUGUCAUCCUGCUGGACUACAUGUUCCAGGACCUGCGAAACCUGAAGAGCCUGGAGGUCGGCGAUAACGACUUGGUGUACAUCUCCCAGCGGGCCUUCUCCGGGCUGCUCGGCCUGGAGCAGCUGACCAUCGAGAAAUGCAACCUGACCUCCAUCUCGGCAGAGUCACUGUCCUACCUCCAGAACCUGGAGGUGCUCCGGCUCCGGCACCUCAGCAUCUCCGCGCUGGAGGACCAGAACUUCAAGAAGCUCUACAACCUCCUGCAGCUGGAGAUCGACAACUGGCCACUGCUGGAAGACGUCCCUCCCACCAGCUUCCAGGGUCUGAACCUCACCUCGCUCUCCAUCACCUACACCAAUAUCACAGCCGUGCCCACAGCUGCCUUGAGGAACCUGGUGUACCUCAGGUACCUGAACUUGUCCUACAAUCCCAUUAGCACUGUGUUGAAGGGCUCCUUUAAAGACCUAAUCCGGCUGCAGGAGCUCCACAUUGUGGGUGCUCUCUUGGUCUCCGUGGAGCCACAGGCUUUCUCCGGCCUGAGACAAAUUCGGCUCCUCAACCUCUCCAGCAACUUCCUCUCCACGCUGGAGGAGAGCACCUUCCACUCCGUCAACACACUGGAGACGCUGCGCGUGGACAAGAACCCCCUGGCUUGUGACUGCCGCCUCCUCUGGAUCCUGCAGCGACGGAAGACCCUCAACUUCGACGGGCAGCAGCCCAUGUGCUCCUCGCCCCCCGAGAUACAGGGCAAUGCCCUGCGCGACUUCCCGGACUCCAUACUCUUUGAGUACUUCACAUGCCAAAAGCCCAAAAUAAGGGACCGGAAGCUGCAACACAUCACGGCCCGGGAAGGACAGUCCGUCUCCUUCCUCUGCCGGGCGGACGGGGAGCCGGACCCCUCCAUCGUGUGGGUCUCCCCCCAGCACCGCAUGAUCACCACCAGAAGCACAGGGCGGGCGAUCGUGCUGCCGGGGGGCACGCUGGAGAUCCGAUUCGCCCAGGUCCAAGACAGCGGCACGUACAUUUGCAUCGCCAGCAACGCAGGGGGCAACGACACCUACUUUGCCACCCUGACGGUCAAAGGGCACCCGGCCGACGGCGCCCUGUAUGCAAACCGGACUUUAUACCUCAGCGAGUUCAACGACACCUACCACAACGACACACAAGUCUUCUUGAAGUUUACACUGGACCUCAAGACCAUCUUGGUCUCCACAGCCAUGGGCUGCAUCACCUUCCUCGGGGUGGUGCUCUUCUGCUUCCUGCUCCUCUUCGUGUGGAGCCGGGGCCGGGGGCAGCACAAGAACAACUUCUCCGUGGAGUACUCCUUCCGUAAGGUGGAUGGCCCCACCACCACCACGGGCCAAGGAGGAGCCAGGAAGUUCAACAUGAAGAUGAUCUGAGCCUUUCCCAAGGAGAACCAUUCUCUGCUGCCUGUCCCCAAACGUGCCCAACGCGGGCCGGGGCUGGGGUGGGCAGGAUUGGCUUUGGAGCAUCCAUUCUUUGUUUUCCAGUGACAUCCUUGUCCCCGCCGGCGGGCUCUCAGCAGGCCCUAGCUCUGCUGGGAUGUUCGCUGAGGCUCACCACAAGGGCCCUGCAGCAGCUGGGAGACGUGUCGAAGGCUCCUCACAGACGGGACCGAGCAAGAACUGCACUGCACAUACCUCGGGGUCAGGGACGCCCUGCCAAAACCCCGGGCUGCCCUCCCACAGGGCAAAAAUAGCUUGGAGGUGGUCACAGCUCAAGGGCUUGCAGGGGGAGGGGGCCCCAAUGUAGCUAACGUUCUUGCGUAUCAACUAUGCAUUUCUUAAGCGAUGAGGUGAAGAGCGUUUGGGCCUGGAAAAAACCUGCUUCCUUUUUUCCUCUUUCCCUCCUUUUUUUUUUGAGAGAGAGAGACUCCAGAAAAUUUCAUGAUGGUUGUUUAUGAUUCUUUUUUUCUUUCCUCCUCCAAAAAUUUUUAUAAUGAAUUUCCAAGAGAAAAGUCUUCCGGUGCAAUGCAGGACUGGGUCGUUGGGGGAGGCUGCUCCAACACAGGUACCUCAGCUCUCCCGACCCCCCCUCAGCAAAGCCGGACCCCCCCAAGGCCUUGAAAGCUUCUUGGCAGAUUUAAUAAGUGGCAUCUGCAAACCUGGGUGCCCAGGGAUGCUCCUGCAAAAGCAAUAAUAACCCAUCCCAGCAGUCUCACCUAGGCUGUGCCAACACUGGGCAAAAAAAAAAUAAAGGGAAAACGAGGCAUCAGUUGUGGCCACCACCGUUAGGAGGAGCAGCCCCAUAGAAGGUCCCAUCGUUGCGUCUGCACAGCUGUUCUCCAGGUGUGACCCACCUGGGAUGGCCAGUGGGGAGCAAGGGCAGCUCCCGGAAAGCUUGGCCCAUGGCGGUGCGGGAUGGUGGGGGCUGAGCCAGCACCCCAAGCCCAGCCUGGAGAGCAGCAUCUCCCCAGGAACCUCACGAGGGGGACGGUGGCACUGCGAGUGAGCUGGUCUGGGGUCGUUCCUGCUGCUCUGUCCACAGUUCCUGAAAUUGGGGCCUGGGAUUCCCAGGCAUCCCAUUUAGGGGGCUGCAGCUGCGUUUCAGCUCUGCGGUCCCAGGUUAUGCUGUUGGCAUCUGUCCCUAAGGCAGCUGCGUGGGCAAAUUAGGUGAGCGCGUGUGAGUGCUGAGCCGGGUGCGAAAGGCAGGGGCAGCUUUGGGGCUAGGCAGGCCGUUUUCUUCACUUUGCAAGGUCGUCGGCGGUGGGAGAGAGCGCCCUGGGUCAUCUCACGGUUGGCGGGGGAGGCAGUGCAAUGCAAGAAAGAAGAGGGGGAAAAAAGGGGUUGCAAUAAACAGCUCUGGAACCGGUGGCAAAAGCAACGCAGCCAUGGAGCAAAGGCAGGAGGAGGCUCCCUGGACAGCGCUUGCUGUGCCGGUGACCGCUGUCUGCAUCCGCAAUGCUGGCGCUGCUGCCGUGCGUGUGUGCGUGUGUGCGUGUGUGCGUGUGUGUGUGUGUGUGUGCGUGUGUGUGUGCACAGCGUGCAUGUGCGUGCACCGUGCUCGCCCUCACCCAUGCUGCAGUAGCGCAGCGCUCCCCUGCACUCAGAUGAAGCAGCUGCUGGCUUGAAUUUCAGGGGGGCCCCUGCCCAUGUCAGACCAAACCCCCCCGUUUGGGAGAGGGCUUUUCUUUGGGGGGCACCCAAGGGCGGUGGGCAGCCGGCAGCCCUCCAGCUGGGCCCGGCCCAGGGGGCCUCUUUGCCUGGUCUCGGCCACCUCGGGGUGGCAUUUUUGCAAAACGCUGCCGCUGGCAGGUCCCGUCGCUCCGGCAUGGGCCACUUCUGCCUCUCGGCCCUUUUUUUGUUGCCCUCCACUCCGGGGCACGGUGAAAGUGCCCGCGUCCAGUGGCUCCUGCCGUGGGGACUGUCCCCAGCCAGGCUGCAGCCCCUGAGCUAGGGCUUGAGGAGAGGAGCCAGGUCACGCUGCAGGGCCGGCUCGGGGGCUUCGCGGCCCCUUUCUGGGCCUCCUUUUGCUCCGGUGUGCAAAUCCCUGCUUAUUUUUAUUUCCUCGGCGCUGAAGCUAUCCAGCGCCUGGGCGGCCCGCCUGGCUUUGGAGAGGGGGUGGCGAGGCUAAGCCGAGGUCUGGCGCUUGCAGAGCGCUGGGGGGGAAGGAGGGUGGCUCCCGGGAAGGGGUGCUGAGGCUCCCCCGCGCACCCCGGGGUGGCCCGGCUGCUGAGGGCGACCUCGUGGUGCUCAGGGUGCUCCGCUUUGCCUGUGCUUUGGGGAAAGGAGAGCCAGGAUGCGACUGUGCGCGCAAGGUCCAGGCAUCCGCAGUGGUCCUUCACCCCGGUGGGUCAUUUAUCCCUGCCUGCAGCACAGGGGCAAAUUUUUAUGGUUGGGAGAAGGUGCAGAGCUGCCCAUGCUGGAAGCCAAGAGCCUAGAUGGGCAUUUGGUGGGACGGGAAGCCCGUCGCUGCCCGAGCAGCCCGACAGGCCAGGCCUGGUGCUGUGCUUGCCUGUGGGCUGGCAGCCCGGGGCACUGGCACCCGUUUGCCCCUCCUGCACCCUCCACGGUGGCUGGCACAGACCAUGGUGGCACCGAAUGGCCAGGCAGGGAUUCGCCCGUCAACUUUGCUGGACGGGACACGAGCAUCUCAGGAGGGACAUGAGCCACGGCGGCUGCUCACGUUGCACCCCAUAUCUUGCUGCACCCUGUCCUGCUCCCGUCCCAGCCCCUGACAUAAGCCCCAUGGGCACAACGCUGGGUUUGAGCCCCAAACUGGACUUGACCCCUGGCAGGAGCGGGACGAAGGAGCCCACGGGAGCCACCAGCGCCCUGGGCUCAGUGUUCAAACCUCAUCUUUUGACCUGUUUUGCUAGGGAGGCUGCUCCUGUCCCGCUCCCGCGAUUUCAGCUCGGGCUGCCGUGGCUCCGGGAGCCGCCGAGGCGAUUUCCCAUGUCUUUCCCUAUCCAUCCUCCGCUGCCAUCAGCCCGCAGUCCCCUCGCAUGCCAGGCACCCCCUACCCCCCCACACCCCGGUCCCCGAGCCGUGCAUGCCGUGUCGUGGCCGGAGUCCCCUGGUGUCACCCGUACAGUUCCCGCGUCCUCGUUCGGUGUCUGGGUUUCGUUUUGGUUUUUUUAACCGGGGUGGGGGGCGUGGGGAGGGGGUCCGGGCAGGGAAAGCUGGCGGCGGGGAGACGCCUGCUCCUGGCAGAGGAAGGGUUUCGGCAGUACAGAACUUGCACAGUUUUCUAUGUAACGAGCAUGUGAAAUAUAUUUGCGGGAAAAAAAAAGAAAAAAAACAGGA